AUGAUCAGAACCCGUUCUGUUGCACUGUUUGAAGAACUAUUUGAAUUUGACCCAGAGAUAAAAAGAACUUUGCGAAAAAUUCAGAAAGAGAGGCGACUGCUAGUACAGAGGGAAAACACACAAACCCAUAUGGAAGGAAUGACAAACAAUGAAGAGCAACCAAGGACCAUGUUUGAUUAUACUCGUCCAUCAUUAACUGGGACAAAAUCUAGCAUUGGCCGUUCAAAUGUGCAGGGGAAUUUUGAAAUAAAGCUCAAUGUUAUUCAGAUGGUUCAGCAGUUUGUUCAAUUUGAUGGGCUGCAAGAUGAAGACCCCAAUGCUCACAUCGCUAAUUUUCUGGGGAUCUGUGAUAUGUUCAAGAUAAAUGGAGCUACUGAUGAUGCAAUCCGCUUAAGGCUAUUUCCAUUCUCUCUCAGGAGUAGAGCAAAACAGUGGUUGAACUCUUUCCCGCGAGGAUCUAUCACUUCAUGGGAGGCCAUGGCAAAAAAGUUCUUAGCAAAAUAUUUCCCUCUUGCAAAAACUACUAAGAUGCGAAAUGAUAUAUCUUCCUUCUACCAACUAGAGUCAGAAACUUUAUAUGAUACGUGGGAAAGGUCUAAGGAGUUGCUACGAAAGUGCCCGCAUCAUGGGAUUCCUGACUGGCUUCAAGUGCAAAUCUUCUACAAUGGGUUGAACCCAGCCACAAGACAAAUGAUAGAUGCUGCAAUUGGGGGCACUUUGAAUAGCAAGACACCAAGGGCUGCACAAGAACUGUUUGAAGAAAUGGCAAUGAACAACUAUCAAUGGAGCUCUACUGGAUCCAAACCUACAAAAUCUGCUGGGAUCUAUAGUCUUGAUACAGUAACAUCCUUGGCAAUGCAAGUUGAAGCCUUAGGGAAGAAGAUUGAUGGUUUAUCUGUUAACCAUCUAGUUGCUUCAGUGAUGAGAUGUGAUAUUUGCAGAGGAGGCCACCCUAAUCAUGAGUGUAAAGCUACUCAAGAAGAACAUGUCAAUGUGAUAGGAAAUAGACCACCUUACCAAAAUUAUAAUGGCAUGAAUAAUCUGGGCUGGAGGAAUUAUGCAACCCCACCAUGGAAUAACAACCAACAGCCAAUGCGGAACAACACACUCCCAGGAUUUCAAUAA